UCCAGCCUCAUGGUUGUAACACACACGUAAGUCUGCCCUAUACCUAGCUACUCCUCAAACUGUCCGUACCUACAAAUGUAUCUAAGCGAGAUGCGGUGUGGUACGAACCUUCUAUCCCUGUGGAUAUUAUGUUACUGUUGUGUCCUUGGCAGCACUGAGACUAUCAGCGACAGCCAAGAGAAGGAGAAGAUACACAUUCCAGAACGACAAAAGCGGACGACGGACGGAGGACAGUUACCGCCUCUCCCAAUGACACAUCAGUCCGGUUCUGUCCCCGUAGAUCGCCGCGGUCAGGCAUCAUAUGACUACCAGCAUGGCGGGGCUACCUUCGAUACUUCUGGUACACACCAAGUCAAUACGAGAAGGGAUCCCGAAGAUGAUGAAAUCAGAACGAGAAUGGUAUUCAACACAGAUAAUUAUGACGUCAUUGCCGAAACUGGAGAAAGUACAUAUACUCCUCAUACAUAUCCUUCAACCGGAAAUACGGGAUCUACAAGUCAGGGUUCUCAGAGCAGAGACGGAAGUAGAACGACUGUAACGCAAUAUUACGUCACUCGCGAAGGAACAGCACAACGGUUAGGAACCCAUGCAGAAGAGGGUACAGGAACCAGCGAUACGGGGUCGACUCAGUAUGACUCUGGGGUACAGGUGCAGUAUACCUCCAACCAACAGACUGGGGAUCCAAUGACACAGAGAGGUCAGAGUCAAACAAAUCAGAGACAUGACCAAACCACUCGGAGACGUCAAGGUUAUGGCCAAACUACUCAAGGACAGACGAAUUAUAACUAUAACACUGGUAGUAGGACAAACUCCGGACGGAAUCCUGUAUACAACACGGGGACACAAUCUACCCGGGUAGGGAGCAACACGCCUGUGUAUACGACAGGAACUCAAACGAACCCACAAUACAGCCAGUACCCAACUAACACCGGUACAUCAUACACGACCGAAACACGUACCACUCAAACACAGACACAUUAUCCGUACCAGACUGGGACCAGUUACACGACGAGUGGAAGGGGUGGAGGGUAUAGCUCACUGGGACAGGUCUUCAACCUCAACAACAACCCACAAUACAGCAAUUACAACAACAGGCGUGUGACAAACCAGGGCGGCUACAUUUCUGGUACCAGUUCCGUCCCAAACACUGGAAUCAUUUCUGACGAUCCGAACUGUCCGACGUCCUCAUACAGAGUAUACAUCAACAACAUGGAAUGUUCACGAGCUGUAGACACACUUGGUUCCUUUAUCUGCUACAACUACGAACGUGUGUCUCGUGAUUGUUGCGAAAAGUGUCUGUCCAUCAAGCGGCCGUCCAACAUAGGAUGUGAGUAUGGAGACCGGUCGUACCAAUGUAGAAACAUGGAGCCAUUCGACUGUUAUGCUCCAAGAAACCGCCAGAUAUGCUGCGACAAAUGUAGUAGAUACGAGCUUCAGAUAAAUACGGGUAUAACUGGUUGCCAAUACGGAGAUCUUACACCACGUUGUCAGAUUGUCAGCGAGAGACGCCAUCUUUGUUACCUUCCGGAGAACCAGCGACUGUGUUGUCAGACGUGUCCGAGAUUAGAGGACAGAUCAAACCCAUCGUGUAAAUGGGGCGACCAGAACCCACAGCUGUGCGAACCCUUCACCAGCGACAACCAGCUACGAGUAAAUUGUUACCAAACUUCUGUCCGCCAGGUGUGCUGCAGCACGUGUGAAAGGUUGAAGGUCAAGGAUACGUGUGAAUAUCCCAGGUUGCCAGUUUGGUGACCGACCAGUUCGGAUGAACACUCCCCGUGGAAUGCUGGCAUGCCGGGAGUACGUGCGUCAGUACGGCCUUGAGGUGUGUGAUACCGAGGCUAUCAACACACACUGCUGCCACACGUGCUAUCAGUACAGGCAACUCUCCAGAGGAUAAUUUCAACCGUUAUCAUUGGCCAAAAUCAUCUUGUUGUUUUCUUUGCUGGAUCGAAAAUUGUGCUUUACAGAAACUUGUACAUAUCUAUGACGAAAUAACAAAUGCAUCAUUCAUUUCACCUUUAAUUAUCAACUUUGGGUGGGUUUUUUUGUUUUUGUAACCCUGACCCUUAUUGUACACAUAUGUGGAACAAGACAUCAGAUACAACGGUGUCAUUAAAACGACCCGCUCAGUGUAUAGAAACUUUUAAAUGGGUACAUUGUGGUCAAUUACGGUAGACACGUACGUGUAAGUGGGUACAUUGUGGUCAAUUACGGUAGACACGUUCGUGUAAGUGGGUACAUUGUGGUCAAUUACGGUAGACACGUUCGUGUAAGUUGGUACAUUGUGGUCAAUUACGGUAGACACGUUCGUGUAAGUGGGUACAUUGUGGUCAAUUACGGUAGACACGUUCGUGUAAAUGGGUACAUUGUGGUCAAUUACGGUAGACACGUUCGUGUAAGUGGGUACAUUGUGGUCAAUUACGGUAGACACGUUCGUGUAAGUGGGUACAUUGUGGUCAAUUAUGGUAGACACGUUCGUGUAAGUGGGUACAUUGUGGUCAAUUGCGGUAGACACGUUCGUGUAAGUGAGUACAUUGUGGUCAAUUUAGGCAGUCAUGUAUAUGUGAGUAAAUAAUUACCCUAUUAGCGUCCAGGUACGGUUAUAGUGGGUACAUGGUGGCCCAGCUAUGCAUACACGCUCGCGGAUAAUUUGUGGUCAAUUUAAUGAGUUGUCCAUUUCUAGAGUCAGUCGGGUGUCAUGGCCUACUCCCUUAUUCGCCACAUGUAUACGAACGUGGUUUUACAUCCAGUCACAGAAUGCAUCGCGAGGUGGAGUAGCGUAUACUUAAACACAUAGGAUCUACAAUAUUUCCUCACAAAAACAUUCUCUGUUUUAACUGAAAAAAAUGUAUAAUGUGAAAUAGAAAAACGUAUAAGUUUUGUUUACCUUUAAAUAUAACGCGAAAAUGAAUUUUUUAUACGUUCAAAGUCGACUGGUAAUUACUAUCAUUACGAUGAUGAGGUUGCGGGAGACAAUCGUCAAUAUCUUCUUAAUUACGAUUUUACCAGUGAAAAAGUUAAAAACUUAAUAACACCGUUUUAACUAAUAAAAUAAAUAUCUUGAAAACGUCCUCAACUUAAUCAUCAAUAUCAGCAUUGAAUUUGACAAUCAGGAAGCGAAAAUAUUUUUGUCUGUAUAUCACCUAGUUAGCCUAACAUUACGACAAAGACAGGUAUACACAUAUACUUUACUAGAAAACGAUAUCCACGAGGACGAUUGGUAUAUAAACGAGGAUAAUGCAAAGAACUCAAUUAUUUCUGUAAGACGAUCAUAUAAGUGGUGACGUCACAUAUAGGGACUAUGUCACGACCUCGGUCCAAUUACGACAUCCACGUGUAUUCUAGAACUUGGAGGACUUUCCGUUUUAUUUGGUGACGAGGGUAAGUUAUAGAAGACACAUUGGCCUAGUAGUCUCAGCCGAUGUAAUGAGCUUGUUAAGACCAGAUGUUGAAGAGAAGGAACACGACACCGAACGACGGACUUAAUCUCAAGGGUCAUAUUGUAUAUCAAUCGCUAGUGUCCUUUUGUAACAAUUGGUGGUAAGAUUUGGCUUCCGAUUCCAAGUAUAUAAGCAUCCGUCUCCUUUCGUCUAUAACACAUUUCCGAGGUGACGUUCGUCUGAAGCUCCAACGGUAGCGUUCGUCUGUAAGUCCCAAGUGACGUUCGUCUGUAAGUCCCAAGUGACGUCCGUCUGUAAGUCCCAAGUGACGUCCGUCUGUAAGUCCCAAGUGACGUCCGUCUGUAAGUCCCACAGUGACGUUCGUCUGUAAGUCCCAAGUGACGUUCGUCUGUAAGUCCCGCAGUGACGUUCGUCUGUAAAUCCCGCAGUGACGUUCGUCUGUAAAUCCCGCAGUGACGUUCGUCUGUAAGUCCCAAGUGACGUCCGUCUGUAAGUCCCAAGUGACGUCCGUCUGUAAGUCCCAAGUGACGUUCGUCUGUAAAUCCCGCAGUGACGUUCGUCUGUAAGUCCCAAGUGACGUCCGUCUGUAAGUCCCAAGUGACGUUCGUCUGUAAGUCCCAAGUGACGUCCGUCUGUAAGUCCCAAGUGACGUCCGUCUGUAAGUCCCAAGUGACGUUCGUAUGUAAGUCCCGCAGUGACGUUCGUCUGUAAAUCCCAAGUGACGUCCGUCUGUAAGUCCCAAGUGACGUUCGUCUGUAAGUCCCAAGUGACGUCCGUCUGUAAGUCCCAAGUGACGUUCGUCUGUAAGUCCCAAGUGACGUCCGUCUGUAAGUCCCAAGUGACGUCCGUCUGUAAGUCCCAAGUGACGUUCGUAUGUAAGUCCCGCAGUGACGUUCGUCUGUAAGUCCCGCAGUGACGUUCGUCUGUAAGUCCCGCAGUGACGUUCGUCUGUAAGUCCCAAGUGACGUUCGUCUGUAAGUCCCAAGUGACGUUCGUAUGUAAGUCCCACAGUGACGUUCGUCUGUAAGUCCCGCAGUGACGUUCGUCUGUAAGUCCCAAGUGACGUUCGUCUGUAAGUCCCAAGUGACGUUCGUAUGUAAGUCCCACAGUGACGUUCGUCUGUAAGUCCCGCAGUGACGUUCGUCUGUAAGUCCCGCAGUGACGUUCGUCUGUAAGUCCCGCAGUGACGUCCGUCUGUAAGUCCCGCAGUGACGUCCGUCUGUAUGUCCCAAGUGACGUUCGUAUGUUAGUCCCGCAGUGACGUUCGUCUGUAAAUCCCGCAGUGACGUUCGUAUGUAAGUCCCAAGUGACGUUCGUAUGUAAGUCCCAAGUGACGUUCGUAUGUAAGUCCCAAGUGACGUUCGUCUGUAAGUCCCAAGUGACGUUCGUAUGUUAGUCCCGCAGUGACGUUCGUCUGUAAGUCCCGCAGUGACGUUCGUCUGUAAGUCCCGCAGUGACGUUCGUCUGUAAGUCCCAAGUGACGUUCGUCUGUAAGUCCCGCAGUGACGUUCGUAUGUUAGUCCCGCAGUGACGUUCGUCUGUAAGUCCCGCAGUGACGUUCGUAUGUAAAUCCCGCAGUGACGUUCGUAUGUUAGUCCCGCAGUGACGUUCGUAUGUUAGUCCCGCAGUGACGUUCGUAUGUUAGUCCCAAGUGACGUUCGUCUGUUAGUCCCAAGUGACGUUCGUCUGUAAAUCCCGCAGUGACGUUCGUCUGUAAGUCCCAAGUGACGUCCGUCUGUAAGUCCCGCAGUGACGUUCGUAUGUAAGUCCCACAGUGACGUUCGUCUGUAAGUCCCAAGUGACGUUCGUCUGUUAGUCCCAAGUGACGUUCGUCUGUAAGUCCCGCAGUGACGUUCGUCUGUAAGUCCCGCAGUGACGUUCGUCUGUAAGUCCCACAGUGACGUCCGUCUGUAAGUCCCACAGUGACGUCCGUCUGUAAGUCCCACAGUGACGUCCGUCUGUAAGUCCCGCAGUGACGUCCGUCUGUAAGUCCCACAGUGACGUCCGUCUGUAAGUCCCAAGUGACGUUCGUCUGUAAAUCCCAAGUGACGUUCGUCUGUAAAUCCCAAGUGACGUUCGUAUGUAAGUCCCGCAGUGACGUUCGUCUGUAAGUCCCGCAGUGACGUUCGUAUGUUAGUCCCGCAGUGACGUUCGUAUGUUAGUCCCGCAGUGACGUUCGUAUGUUAGUCCCGCAGUGACGUUCGUAUGUUAGUCCCAAGUGACGUUCGUCUGUUAGUCCCAAGUGACGUUCGUCUGUAAAUCCCGCAGUGACGUUCGUCUGUAAGUCCCAAGUGACGUUCGUCUGUAAGUCCCAAGUGACGUUCGUCUGUAAGUCCCGCAGUGACGUUCGUAUGUAAGUCCCGCAGUGACGUUCGUAUGUAAGUCCCGCAGUGACGUUCGUAUGUAAGUCCCGCAGUGACGUUCGUCUGUAAGUCCCGCAGUGACGUUCGUCUGUAAGUCCCGCAGUGACGUUCCGUCUGUAAGUCCCGCAGUGACGUUCGUAUGUAAGUCCCGCAGUGACGUUCGUCUGUAAGUCCCGCAGUGACGUUCGUCUGUAAGUCCCGCAGUGACGUUCGUAUGUUAGUCCCGCAGUAACGUUCAGUAUGUUAGUCCCGCAUUGACGUUCAUCUGUAAGUCCCGCAGUAACGUUCGUAUGUUAGUCCCGCAGUGACGUUCGUCUGUCCCGCAGUGACGUUCGCCUGUAAGUCCGGGAUCCCGCAGUGUUUUGAUGGCCUCGUUAUACAGAUGUGCCAUUAUGGGACUUCAAGGAUUCCAAUAGUUCCAAAUGGUUCCAAGGUUAAUGUUCGUUGUAUGAGAUAAAACGUCCUGGAUCACACCCUGAUAAACACGAUAUCAGUGGUAUAGUGUUGGUGCUCAUUAUCAUAAUACAAUUGUUCUACAUCAUUCUAUAUAUGUACCAAAGCCAUCCCUUCUGUUAGGCGAUAAUUGUAUUUCGUAUGACAAGUAAAUAAUAUCGUUCGAAAUUAGUAAAACAAUCACACCACGUUGCCUUGAAAUGUUAACAGUUUGUUCAGAGUGUCCAGAUAUAUCUAUUUUUGCACGGUACCAUAACAUUUUGAUAUCGUACAGUACAGUAUUUUGGUACCCUAUCCUGACUGUUUAGAUUUCUAUAUUUCAUCUUAUACAUUGUAUGUGCAGUUUUAGCCAUCAGCAUAAUCUUAUAUCACAAACUGUGACGUAACAUCGAGACAUAUGUUUUCGUUUAAAAUUGUAUAUUUUGAUCUGGCAUUUUAUUAAAAAACGUUUUUGAAAAUA